AUGGUUGAACAUCCAACACCAAGAUUAGGAAGUGAUAGUGUAUUUGAAAAUAUACCUUUAGUUUCACCAUCAACUACACCAAAUGGAUCCAUACCUUCAACACCAUUAGGUAUCCCAGUUAAUGUUCAAGAUUUACCAAAUGAUAAAAGAGAACAAUUACCAGAUGUUUUACCAAUAGUGGAAUGUUUAGCAAGAGCAAGAAUUCCAACAACAAAAGGUGUUGAAAUUUUUUUACAUUUAUAUAAAAAUAAUAUUGAUAAUAAAGAACAUUUAGCUAUUGUUUUUGGUGAAAAAAUUAGAUCCAAGACAUUAUUUAGAAAAAGACAUGGUGAAUCUCAAAGUGAUAGAAUGACAAGAGGUGCUUAUGUUGGUAAAUUAAGACCAGGUCGUAAUAUUGCUGAUAAAGAUGAAAUCACAGGUGAAGAAUUAAAAUUUGAUGAUGAAGGUUAUGCAAUUUAUCAAUUAAGUGAAGAAGAUGAAGCUACAUUAGUUCGUAUACAUUCUGAAUGUUAUACAGGUGAAACUGCAUGGUCAGCAAGAUGUGAUUGUGGUGAACAAUUUGAUGAAGCUGGUAGAUUAAUGGGUAAAGAUGGUAAAGGUUGUAUUGUUUACCUUAGACAAGAAGGUCGUGGUAUUGGAUUAGGAGAAAAAUUAAAAGCUUAUAAUUUACAAGAUUUAGGUCAUGAUACUGUACAAGCUAAUUUAUUAUUAAGACAUCCAGCAGAUGGUAGAUCAUUUUCAUUAGCAACUGCUAUAUUAAUUGAUUUAGGUUUAACAAACAUUAAAUUAUUAACAAAUAAUCCAGAUAAAAUUGUUGCCGUUGAAGGUAAAGAAAGACAAGUUAAAGUUAUUGAAAGAGUUCCAAUGGUACCUUUAGCUUGGGGUAAGAGUGGUGAAAAUGGUAUACAUUCUUCGGAAAUUGAUGGUUAUUUAAGAACCAAGAUUGAAAGAAUGGGUCAUUUAUUACAAAAACCUAUAAAUAUUUAA